CUCCACCAACGCAUCCCUCCCUCCGUCCAAGAAACCUCCCUCCCUCCCUCCCUCCCGCGCAACCGGCACCAAACUUCGUCCAGGAGUUAGCGCGCGGCCAUGAAGCAGCCGGGCAAGGCCACCGCGGACGCGCCGCCGCCGCCGCCGCCGUCGGGCCUCCUCCCCUCGCGCCGCCGCCGCCUGGCCGCCGUGCUGGCGCCGCUCCUCCUCUUCCUCGCCGCCGCGCUCUCCUUCCCCUCCACGCUCCGCCUCCCGCUCCUCCUCGCCGCCCUGCCGCCGACCCUGCCUCGCCAGAGCACUCUUUCCUCCCCGCCCGCGCCCCGGGUCGCCGUGUGCCUCGUCGGCGGCGCGCGCCGGUUCGAGCUCACCGGCCCCUCCAUCGCGCGCCACGUCCUCGGCGUCAACCUCACCCGACCCGGCGCCGCCGCAGUGGACGUGUUCCUGCACAGCCCGCUGGACGGCGACGCCUACAAGCUCUCCCUCCUCGCGCGCGCCGCCGCCGCCACGGUCAACCUCGCCGCCGUGCGCGUGUUCCGCCCGGAGCACGUCGAGGAGACGGCCGACCGCGCGCAGGUGCUCACCGCCGCCAACUCGCCCAACGGCAUCCAGGGCUUGCUGCAGUACUUCCGGCUGGUGGAGGGCUGCCUGGACCUCAUCCGCGACCGCGAGUCCCGCGGCAACUUCACCUACACCGCCGUCCUCCGCACCCGCGUCGACGGCUUCUGGUCCGCGCCGCUCCGCCUCGCCGACCUCCUCCCCGCCGCCGCCAACACCACCGCAAACGACGACUCCCACUACGCCGUCCCGGAGGGCUCCCGCUUCGGCGGCCUCAACGACCGGCUGGGCUUCGGCGGGCGGCGCGCCACGGAGGCCGCGCUCUCCCGCCUCUCCAUGCUCCCCCGCCUUGCCGCCGCGGGGUACCAUGGCCUCAACUCCGAGGCCGCGUUCCGCGCGCAGCUCGACGUCGCCGGCGUCUCGGGCCGCGAGCGCCGCCUCCCGUUCUGCGUGCUCAGCGACCGCGUCUACGCAUUCCCGCCCGUGGCCGGGUACGGCGUCCCCGUGGCGUCGCUGGCGAGCCCGGGGCCGCUCAGCGGUGCAAAGUGCAGGCCGUGCCGCCCGGCGUGCCGCGGCGAGUGCGUCGCGCAGAGCAUCGACGCGCUGGAUAGCGGGUGGAGCUGGACCGAGCACCGGAACGGGACGGACGUGGAGCUCUGUGACGCCUCCGGCCCGUGGGAGGAUGGGUGGGAGGCGGUCUUCGACGCGGCCGCCGGCACCGGUGCCGCCAAGGAGAGGAGGAGGGUGGCGAGGAUGGGAGCCAGGGAGUGCGUCGCGGAGAUGGAGGCGUUCAGGGCACGGACCGAGCGCUGGGACGCGCCAAGCCCCGCCGAGAUUUGCCGGAUCGGGCUCAGAGCCCGGACACCGGCGGCGAAGGCGACUACCUCCGGCGGCUCGGCGUAGUCUGUUGUCGGACGGUGACAGGACUAACCAACCUUGAGUCCAUAGGAGAGUUGGGACCGUGACAGUUGGCUCUCUUUUCAGUUUGCCCCCUCUUAGUGUUAGCCAGAGGUAGUUUGACAGGAUAAAAAACCAGGGGGCAAUCAGAGAAAAGCUGGAUCAAUUGGGAUAGAGGCAUAUAUAUAUAUAUACAUAAUAUAUGCAUACUUGAGAUAUUCUUCUGUACAAAAUUUGUACAGUUAGCACUAGAGUUUGUAUCUGAUAUGGAUAGAGAAUGCAGUGGCACAUGCAUACGUGACCAUCAUCAUGUGUUGAAUUUUUUAUAUUUUCUGAGUUGGAACACAGUGAACAUGCCAACAAGUCU